GCUCCAGUACAUACGCAGUACUGCUACGAGCCGUGACCUCAGCUGCUGCGACACCCCCCACCAUUCCGAACUGGGAGAUAUCCAACCAGGAGCACCUGCAGUUAGACGGACGCCCGCCAUCAACAUCCAAUCGUCGCGUCGCCGAAAUUUUCGCUCGAUCAAGCGGCUAAGCUGCCAAAGAAAAAAAAUUCGAUUUCCUCACAGCCAUGGCCGAUUCAGGAGACAAUUAUCGACCGCGUGAAAGGUCGCGUUCGCCUCGUAGGGGACGUUCACGAAGUCCGAAUACUCGCCGAUCUUAUUCGCCGCGUGAUCGAUCUCGCAGCCAGCCCCGGAGAAGAAGCAGGUCUCCUAUGACUGGCCAGGGUGCACCCACUGGAGGAACUGGUUCAGGAUACAGUGGAGCGCCCAAUCGAUCUUACGAGGACCGUUCGGCCCACCGGGAACAAGUCAUGAACAAUAUUCGCGAAACAUCGCAGCAGGACCGCCGAGUCUACGUCGGCAACCUGUCGUACGAUGUCAAAUGGCACCACCUCAAGGAUUUCAUGAGACAGGCUGGAGAGGUUCUCUAUGCCGACGUGUUGCUUCUUCCUAAUGGAAUGUCGAAGGGAUGCGGAAUUGUGGAAUAUGCCACCAGGGAGCAAGCGCAGCAAGCUGUUGCAACACUCAGCAACCAGAAUCUAAUGGGCAGAUUGAUCUACGUCCGAGAGGAUCGCGAGGCCGAGCCCAGAUUCGGUCCUCCGGGCGGUAUCCCUCGCGGCGGUUUUGGCGGCGGCAUGGGCGGUGGUCCGUACGGUGGUUUUAACCCCGGAAUGGCUGGCGGCGGCGGCCGCCAGCUUUAUGUCUCCAACUUGCCCUUCAACGUGGGUUGGCAGGAUCUGAAGGACCUCUUCCGACAGGCCGCUCGUACCGGCGCCGUUAUUCGCGCUGAUGUCCAUAUCGGCCCUGAUGGCAGACCUAAGGGUUCCGGUAUCGUCGUUUUCGAGUCUCCUGACGACGCUCGCAACGCUAUCCAACAGUUUAACGGAUAUGACUGGCAGGGCCGCAUCCUCGAGGUUCGUGAAGACCGCUUCGCAGGCCCCGCCAUGGGCGCUGGCUAUGGCCGUGGCGGCUUUGGCGGACGCGGAGGCUUUGGAGGCGGUUUUGGUCGCGGCGGCUUCGGUCGCGGUGGGUUUGGCUAUGGCGCUCGCGGCGGCUAUGGCGGGCCCGGUGUCGGUGGUGUCUACGACGCUGCUAACGUCUCGGUUCCCCCUAACCCGUUCACUGAUCACGCCACUGGCGGCGGUGAGAAGUCCGACACCAUCCACGUCCGCAAUCUUCCCUGGUCGACUAGCAACGAUGAUCUGGUUGAACUGUUCUCUACCAUCGGCAAGGUCGAACAAGCCGAAAUCCAGUACGAACCAAGCGGCCGGUCUCGUGGCAGUGGUGUUGUCCGAUUCGACAACGCCGACACCGCAGAGACCGCCAUUGCCAAAUUCCAGGGAUACCAGUACGGCGGUCGCCCUCUAGGCUUGAGCUACGUCAAGUAUCUCACGCCGGGAGGCGGUGACAACAUGGAAACCGACCCUCACGGCGGCCUCACCCAGGAUCAGAUCAUGUGAACAGGCGGUGAUCUGACAUCAAGUUGCACACCAUUACACCAGAUGCUGAGCACCCUGGCAUUGACAGCGGCCAACCGAGGUAGUCGGAAGGCAGGCGGCUGCUUCGCACUCGCAAGCUACUCGUCUCUACAAUAACUGUUCAUCCGUUCCGGGAACCUGACGGUCUUUUUCCGGUAUCCCGCCAUACUCAGGUGUUGAUCACUUACAUUUCCUUGCGCUUUUCGGCGUUUCUGAU